AUGAAGCUCCCGCUGACGCUGCACCCUGCGAACCACCUCGCUGUACAGUGUCUCCUCCUUCACGCCGCCUUCAGCUCAGACAGCGUCAACGGCGUCACCGGAGACUGCGCCCGGCAAACGCAGUACGACAUGGCCGCCAGUAUCGCACGUCUGCACACGCGCUAUGACUGGGAAGGGCAGUACGGCCCACGCCAUAUUGUGCGACUGUCGCACUGCUGGCGCGGAGUGCUGCACCCGCCAGCAGCGGCGGCUACCGGUCAUGUAGACGGCAGCCGCGCCGUACAGUCGACCGCGGUGGCGCUGACAAAAGGUCCCUCGGUCUAUCGCGUUGGCGCGUCAUUGUCAUUGGUGCCUCCGUCGUCAGAGCUCAACACAGCUCGGCAGCAGCAGCAGCAGCAGCAGCAGCAGCAGCGGCUGCAGGUAGAUGCCUAUCGUGCUCUAGCCUUCACGUCUCCCGCCCGACUCGUCGCGCUUUACGCCCCUCCUGUUCUCCUUUGCCCGCUUCAACGGCGCGCCCACGACACCGUCAGCUACGAUGCCGCAGUGCACCACGCAUCGCUGCUGACGAAGCUGCUCGCUCCGUACGGCGUCCACGUCGCCUUGACCGGUGCCACGCGGCGCGGCUGCCCAUUCGCCUUCCAAGCUGAGUAUCUUCUCUGCCUCACGGAGGCGGCGACGUGCGAGGUGGAGGCGGUGGACCCAGGCGGCGCUGGCGGGGUAGAGAAGGACGAUGGAGCAGAUGAACAUGCCAUGAACAACCACGACUACAGCACCAGUGUCAUCGGUGCCUCUGCAGUGAGCACGACAGUCACCACCGCUACCGAUCGUCCAACGCGUGAGGCACGGUGCUCCGAAGCGUGGGCGGAGAGAGAAACGAAGCAGCAACGGCGCGCAAGGCCGACGAUUCUGCGUGAUGCGCUGAUGCUGCGUCCACAGACGUUGCCAUCUGCGUCGUCGCCGGCUGCCGCAGACAACGUUGCCGAGGCAGAAGAUGGCGGUGCAACAGUGGUCGCCGGCGGGGGCAGCGGAGACCAUCGCCAACAGCACAUCCAUCGGCGCCUCGGCAAACAGUUUCGGCGGCGCUACUGCAGCCGGCGCGCUGCCUUCUCGUCCACCGACUGCGUAAGCCCGCAAGUCUCAUACCGGGUGCGGCGCGCACUGGAGGGCCUCGUCCGAUGCGGCUACGUCGUGUCCGCAGCCAAGUCGUUCCCGCCAUCGCAGUUGCAGCUUGAAAGACGCCAGCCAAUUUACCUGACAGCCCGCUAUGACCCGCGCCUGCCCAUGCAGGUGCCACCGCCGGCCUGCACCGACCCUGCCGUCCUCUCUCGCCUCCAGUUGCAUCAGCUCGUUCUACACGUUUGUCCGUGGAGUGCUUUCGCGGUACGUCAGCUGUUCCUGACAGGGCCGGCCGCCUUCACCACCCACGUGACUCUGCAGGCACUCACGCACGGUGUCGACAUGAACAUGGCCGGCGUCUUCUUGUUUGGGGAAACCGGGGCAACGAGCAGUGAUGGCGGAGUGAGCUACACGACCCCUGCCCACGCUACGGCUGCGAGCGAGGCUCAUGAUGAUGUACUGCCACCAUUGCAUCACGAAGAGCAGCCGCGGCCCUGCGGAGACCUUGUCGAGCAGCUGAUCCUGCAAGACGAAGCGGAAGUUCUUUCACUGGCAGGGUUGCCUCACGUUGAUCCGAUGUUGCGCGGGCUCUACUGCCAACGAAACCACCUGUGA